AUGACGUGGGUCAUUGAAAAUGACCCGGGCGGGCUAAUGUCCGUAAAAGAAAAAGAAAAUAGACAAGCUCCCAGGACGAGGGCGGGCACCAGACAAGCUUCCAGGACGAGGGGCACCAGACAAGCUCCCAGGACGAGGGGCACCAGACAAGCUCCAGGACGAGGGGCACCAGACAAGCUCCCAGGACGAGGGGCACCAGACAAGCCCCAGGACGAGGGGCACCAGACACAUCAGGACAAGGCACCAGACAAUCUCCAGGACGAGGGCACCAGACAAGCUCCCAGGACGAGGGGCCACCAGACAAGCUUCCAGGACGAGGCACCAGACAAUCUCCCAGGACGAGGGGCACCAGACAAGCUCCCAGGACGGGCACCAGACAAGCUCCCAGGACGAGGGGCACCAGACAAGCUUCCAGGACAGGAGCACCAGACAAGCUCCCAGACGAGGGGCACCAGACAAGCUCCCAGGACGAGGGGCACCAGACAAGCUCCCAGGACGAGGGGCACCAGACAAGCUCCCAGGACGAGGGGCACCAGACAAGCUCCCAGGACGAGGGCACCAGACAAGCUCCAGAACGAGGGGUACCAGACAAGCUCCCAGACGAGGGGCACCAGACAACUCCAGACGAGGGGCACCAGACAAGCUCCCAGAACGAGGGGCACCAGACAAGCUCCCAGGACGAGGGCACCAGACAAGCUUCCAGGACGAGGCACCAGACAACUCCCAGGACGAGGGGCACCAGACAAGCUCCAGGACGAGGGGCACCAGACAAGCUCAGGACGAGGCACCAGACAAGUCCCAGGACGAGGGGCACCAGACAAUCUCCCAGGACGAGGGCACCAGACAAGCUCCCAGAACGAGGGGCACCAGACAAGCUCCCAGGACGAGGGGCACCAGACAUGCUUCCAGGACGAGGGGCACCAGACAAGCUCCCAGGACGUGUGGCGGGCACCAGUCAGUCGGUAG